AGCUAUUCCGUGCUGGUAAAAAGCUUCGAGUCGAUGUCUCAUUCAACUACCUAGAAUUGGGUCAACCGCCAACCACACGACUGGCACGCCGCCACUAAAGAGCAAGAUCCGGUGCAGAGGUAGGAUAACAAGAGUACUUAGCGUGUGGGAUUGGGAGGUAGAUUUUUCGGCGACAUAUUUUGCUGCAUGCUUUUCAUUCAAAUAGGAUGGGCCAGAAGGGUAACUUGCCUAGAAGGCUAGGCUAGCAGCUCCAUGGAGACCGUACGGAGGUCGUACGGCCAGGGAGUCAUCGUACGGUCGGAGAGACCGUGCGGCCAGGGAGAUCGUACGGCCGGAGAGACCGUACGGCCAGAGAGACCGUACGGCCAGGGAGACCAGAGAAACCGUGCGGCCAGGGAGACCGUACGGCCAGGGAGAUCGUACGGCCGGGGAGACCGUACGGCCAGAGAGACCGUACGGCCAGGGAGACCGGAGAGACCGUACGGCCAGAGAAACCGUGCGGCCAGAGAAACCGGCCAGGGAGACCGUACGGCCAGGGAGAUCGUACAGCCGGAGAGACCGUACGGCCAGAGAAACCGUGCGGCCAGGAAGACCGUACGGCCAGGGAGUCGUACGGCCGGCCAGGAAGACCGUACGGCCAGGGAGAUCGUACAGCCGGAGAGACCGUACGGCCAGAGAAACGGGGCUGGGAAGGGUGAUAUUUCGGUGUUAUUGAAGCUGAAAGGGGUUGGCCGGUUGGAGCGAGAGGAGCCGAGGCCGGGUUUGGGGGCGUGUCCGAUAAUCUAUAACUUCAACUCAAGCCUAUUGUUAAGAAAUGUCUACACUCGGCAUGGAUAUUGGAAUAAGGGGUCUGUAACCGCCCUAGUUUUAAAUACCACAGUGUUACAACUACGCGCGUUAUUAAAGAGCUAGUCUCCGGGAGCAAGUAUAACUAUG